AUGAAAACACAUCCAUUAGCUGAUGAAGAAAAAGAAAAUAUCGUUUUAUCGUUACUUCGACAAGUAGGAUCUGUUCAUGAUAAUAUUGGAUUUGUCGAUUCAAUACCACCAGAAUUAACUCCUAUUCCAUUAUUCAAUAAUUUUCAAUCUCAUAUAUCAACAAUUAAUUCUCAAUUAAUAUCAAUAUCAUUUCAUGAAAUUAAUUAUUUUAUUGGUCAAUCAAAAAAACAAAUUCUCAGGAAUGUUUCUGGUGGAUUUUCACCUGGUAUGAAUGCUAUUUUAGGACCAUCUGGAUGUGGUAAAUCUUCUCUAUUAGAUAUUCUUGCUGAUCGGAAAGAUAAGAAAGGUUUAUCAGGACGUAUUCUUGUCUCAGGUAAACCUCGAUCUGAAACAUUUAAAUAUUCAAUUGGUUAUGUUGUUCAAGAAGAUAUAAUCAGUGGAACAUUAAGUGUUCGCGAAAACUUGAUGUUUGCAGCUAAUGUUCGUUUACAACGUUCAAAAACAUUAAAUGAACGUAUUACAAUAGUUAAUAAAAUUAUUCAAGAUUUAGGUCUUGAAAGAUGUGCUGAUACUCGAAUUGGUACAAAUUUUAUACGAGGAGUAUCUGGAGGAGAAAAACGAAGAGUAUGCAUUGGAAUGGAAUUAGUUCUUUCUCCAAAUAUACUUUUUCUAGACGAACCAACGAGUGGACUUGAUGCAUCAACAGCAGAAACUGUAAUGAAAUGUUUACACAAAUUAUCAAGAGAAGGAUGCACAAUUAUUUUUUCAAUUCAUCAACCACGUUAUUCAAUAUUCAAAUUAUUUGAUACUGUUCUUCUUCUUUCAGCUGGUCAUACAAUUUACUUAGGUCCAUCAAAUGAUAUUUUAUCAUAUUUUGCAUCUCAUGGUUUUAAAUGUGAAGAUCAUGAUAAUCCAGCUGAUUUUGCUCUUGAUGUAAUUAUUCAAUGUAAUAAUCGUUCAUCCACUGUACUUCAAAGUUCAUAUUUACAAUCAUUAUUGUAUUCAAAUAAUGAAAGUUUAAUAUCAAAUGAUGAUAAUAUAUUUCAUGAAAUAGUAUCUCGAUCACGAACUGAUGAAUUAUAUUAUGUUUGUAUUCGAACAUUUCAAAAUACAAUACGUGAUCCAGCUAUGGCUGCAUCACAAAUUAUUGUUGCGACAUUAUUAGCUUUAUUAACAGGUUUAGUUUUUAAUCAAAUUCAAGCAACAGUUGAAAAAGGUGUACAAAAUCGUUUAGGAGCUAUAUUUUUUAUUAUUGUGAAUCAAAUUUAUAGUACAACAACUGCACUUGAACCAUUACUUCAAGAACGUGCACUUUUUAUUCAUGAAAAUGUGAGUGGUUAUUAUCGAGUAUCAACUUUUUUUAUUGCAAAAUUAAUUUGUGAUUUAUUACCAAUGCGUCUUGUACCUUCAAUUAUAUAUUCUAUUAUAACAUAUUUUAUGUCAGGUUUUCAAAUAUCAAUCGAUCGUUUUUUUAUUUAUUUUUUAACUAUUUUUAUGAGUACAGUAUUUGGUUCAGCUAUUUGUUUUUUUGUUGCUUCGUUUGUUCCAAUAUUUGGUAAGAGUUUUAUUUAG